AUGUCCUUGCCUGGUCACCAGCCACCCUCAGGCACAGCGGGUACAGAGCAGCCGCCCAUCCGCGGCUCCGCCCCAGCCAGGCACCGGCUCUCCUGCCCACAGAUCCCCAGACGUUGCUCCCGCAGAGAUCUGGCGAGCUGCAGACCCGGAGAGAGCGCGGGGCGGGAUCGGGAGAGCGGAACUGACGCGGGCGGGCUUCCGGGGGCGACCGGGAAAAGCGAGCGGCGGCAGCGACGGCGGCGGGGCGGCUGGCGGGUCGGGAAGCUGCAGGCGUCAGCUGCUGUAGGCGGCGCAAGUUCCGGACCCGGCUUCAGCGUCCUCACUCAGGACUGUCGCCGCUCUUACCUAGGACCCAUUGGGGCCCAGCCCCUAUUCAUAGUGCCCAGAAGACCUGGGUAUGGCACUAUGGGCAAACCCAUUAAACUAUUGGCUAACUGUUUUCAAGUUGAAAUCCCAAAGAUCGAUGUCUACCUCUAUGAGGUAGACAUCAAACCAGACAAGUGUCCUCGAAGAGUGAACAGAGAAGUAGUUGACUCAAUGGUUCAACAUUUUAAAGUGACUAUAUUUGGGGACCGUAGACCAGUGUAUGAUGGAAAAAGAAGCCUUUAUACAGCCAAUCCACUUCCUGUGGCAACUACUGGGGUAGAUUUAGAUGUUACAUUACCUGGGGAAGGUGGAAAAGAUCGACCUUUCAAGGUGUCAGUCAAAUUUGUGUCUCGAGUCAGUUGGCAUCUACUACAUGAAGUACUCACUGGACGGACUUUGCCUGAGCCACUGGAAUUAGACAAACCAAUCAGCACUAACCCAGUUCAUGCCGUUGACGUGGUGCUCCGACACCUGCCCUCUAUGAAAUAUACGCCUGUGGGGCGUUCCUUUUUCUCAGCUCCAGAAGGAUAUGACCACCCUCUGGGAGGGGGCAGGGAAGUGUGGUUUGGAUUCCAUCAGUCUGUGCGCCCUGCCAUGUGGAAAAUGAUGCUCAAUAUUGAUGUUUCUGCCACUGCCUUUUACAAAGCACAACCUGUAAUUCAGUUCAUGUGUGAGGUUCUUGACAUUCACAACAUUGAUGAGCAACCCAGACCCCUGACUGAUUCUCAUCGGGUAAAAUUUACUAAGGAGAUAAAAGGUCUGAAGGUUGAAGUGACUCACUGUGGGACAAUGAGGCGGAAAUACCGUGUUUGUAACGUAACGAGAAGGCCUGCCAGCCACCAAACCUUUCCUUUACAGCUAGAAAAUGGCCAAACUGUGGAGAGAACUGUAGCUCAGUAUUUCAGAGAGAAGUACACACUUCAGCUGAAGUACCCACACCUUCCCUGUCUGCAAGUGGGGCAGGAGCAGAAGCAUACAUACCUGCCACUAGAAGUCUGUAAUAUUGUGGCUGGGCAAAGGUGUAUCAAGAAACUAACAGACAAUCAGACUUCUACUAUGAUUAAGGCAACAGCAAGAUCUGCUCCAGAUAGACAAGAGGAAAUUAGCAGAUUGGUAAGAAGUGCAAAUUAUGAAACAGAUCCGUUCGUCCAGGAGUUUCAGUUUAAAGUGCGGGAUGAAAUGGCCCACGUGACCGGACGCGUCCUUCCAGCACCUAUGCUCCAGUACGGAGGACGGAACCGGACAGUAGCAACACCCAGCCAUGGAGUUUGGGACAUGCGAGGAAAACAGUUCCACACAGGAGUCGAAAUCAAAAUGUGGGCUAUUGCUUGCUUUGCUACACAGAGGCAGUGCAGAGAAGAAAUACUGAAAGGUUUCACAGACCAGCUGCGAAAGAUUUCCAAGGAUGCAGGGAUGCCCAUCCAGGGUCAGCCAUGCUUCUGCAAAUACGCACAGGGGGCAGACAGCGUGGAGCCCAUGUUCCGGCAUCUCAAGAACACCUACUCAGGACUGCAGCUCAUUAUCGUCAUCCUACCCGGGAAGACACCAGUGUACGCGGAGGUGAAGCGUGUAGGAGAUACACUUUUGGGUAUGGCCACACAGUGUGUGCAAGUCAAGAAUGUAAUAAAAACAUCUCCUCAAACUCUUUCAAAUUUGUGCCUAAAGAUCAAUGUUAAACUUGGAGGAAUCAAUAAUAUUCUUGUACCUCAUCAAAGACCUUCUGUGUUCCAGCAACCAGUGAUCUUCCUGGGCGCAGAUGUCACACACCCACCUGCUGGGGAUGGCAAGAAGCCUUCCAUUGCUGCUGUUGUAGGCAGUAUGGAUGCCCAUCCAAGCAGGUACUGUGCCACAGUAAGAGUUCAGAGACCUCGGCAGGAGAUCAUCCAGGACUUGGCCUCCAUGGUCCGGGAACUCCUCAUCCAAUUUUAUAAGUCAACCCGAUUCAAACCUACUCGGAUCAUUUUUUAUCGGGAUGGUGUGUCAGAAGGACAGUUUAGACAGGUAUUGUAUUAUGAGCUACUGGCAAUUCGAGAAGCCUGUAUCAGUUUGGAAAAAGACUAUCAACCCGGAAUAACAUACAUUGUUGUUCAGAAGAGACAUCAUACGCGGUUGUUCUGUGCUGAUAGAACAGAAAGGGUUGGAAGAAGCGGCAACAUCCCAGCUGGAACCACGGUGGAUACGGACAUCACUCACCCGUAUGAAUUCGACUUUUAUCUCUGUAGCCAUGCUGGAAUACAGGGUACCAGCCGUCCUUCACACUACCAUGUGUUAUGGGAUGACAACUGCUUCACUGCAGAUGAACUUCAGCUGCUUACUUACCAGCUCUGUCACACUUAUGUACGCUGUACACGAUCCGUUUCUAUCCCUGCACCAGCAUAUUACGCUCACCUGGUGGCAUUCAGAGCCAGAUAUCAUCUUGUGGACAAGGAACAUGACAGUGCUGAAGGAAGCCAUGUUUCAGGACAGAGCAAUGGACGAGAUCCACAAGCUCUUGCCAAGGCUGUACAGAUUCACCAAGACACCUUACGCACGAUGUACUUCGCCUAACAAGUCCAAGUGUACUCUCUGAGAGGAAGAGCUGAAAGGCGGAUCAGCACACCAUGUAUGUUUCCAGUGGAGUCAAUUCACUGGGGAGGCCUCCGGCCAUACAGAAGCCAAUGCUAUAUAGAGGUCUGGUCCUUAUGUUGAUCCAAGGAAAAUUGUUUACUUUGUCAAAGGCGGCAGCAUCAUUGUACUCUAGGGAGCCAGCCCGCUGCUUUCUUGCAGUCUCGUGUAGAAGAAACAUCGCCGUUGUUUAUUCUCACUUCUUACAGUCUAACCCUUUUAAUGCCUUUACCUCAAGUUGCUUAGCAGCACAACUAUCUCUGCAAAAAAGUAAAGAAAAAGUGAAUGGUGGUUUAAAAACACACACAAAUAAUGAUUGUUCAGUUCUAUGUGCAGAAAAAGUAAUGUGCAUCUAUUCUUGUAAAGGAGUCUGUAUUUUCAAAACCCACACGUUACUUCGUGUGCAUAUGUAUCUAGAUCUAGAUUGCUGAUAUAUACGUGUCUGUGUAUAUAUUUUAUAAUUCAUUCCUCUGGGGAACUGUCUUCCCUUGUUCCCCUCCUUAGGCUGCAUUUAUUUCCUUCACUAUCUCCCUUGCCUUCAGCAUCUAUACUUUGGUUCCUAUAGCUACAAAUGACAUUCAUAUGUUCAUAUUCCUAUGUUUAUACAUCUGGUUCAUUUGAAGGAAGGCUUGGCAGACUAGAUUUCUGGUUUUAUUUUAUGUACCCUACUCCUAGCCCCUAUCUCACACACAGGUGUCCUCGGCUCCUGACGCCAUGUUUGUGAGCAUCUCCUCCUUUUUCCUCUGUGUGUGCACUGUGUUCAGAAACAGUGGCAACACAGGGGUUCUUUUCUGUAGUGAGUUUGUUAAAGCUGCUAAAAAUACAAAACCUUGUCAGACAUCUUUCUGAUAAGUAGCAAAUGUUCUAAAGCCUUCUGCUUAUAUGAGUUAUACCUGGAAAUCCCUUCAAACUUUUAUAAAGGGUAAAUAUUUUAAAAAUCUGAAACUCUAUAGGAUGGAAAAAGGAAGGAACUGGGGUUGCUUUUGUUUUGUUUUUGCUAGUUUACUUA